CCAAGCAAGCAAACGCUAUAAAUACACCCCCCCUCCCCCUCUCUCUCUCUCUCUCUCUCUCUCUCUCUCAAACACACACACACACUCACGCAGUCCUUUUCCUUCUCCACGAAGCGUUAGCCUAGAGAAAGAGAGCUUUUUGUGUGAUCACUCAACGCUCAUUAUCAAAAAAUGGAAGCAGUUACUUCAUGCAGUACGCCUUGUGAUGUUGAAAAUAGGGACUUACAGAAGUUGCUUGAAGCUUUUGGCUCUGCAUUUUCUCUCGAGGACAUAGCCUCUGCUUAUUGCAAGGCAAGGCGCAAUGUAGAUAUGGCUGGUGAAAUCCUUUGUGCAUCACAUGGAAGUACCUCUCACAGUGAUACUCGCAUAUCUAAUGAUAAAUUAGAGCGUGCAAGUUCAACAUCUUCAGAACUGUCAUCUGAAUUGGAUGGUGCAAGUGCAAUGCCUUCAGAGGUGUCAUUUUACAAUGUUCUUCAGAGCUCUUAUCAUGGAGGAAGAACUACCAGAUCAAUGAAGUCAAAAGUGCGUCCAGUCUCAAUCGGUACCGUUUCAGGUCUCAUUGCAAAAGAUUAUUCUAGGCCCAGGCCAGUAACUAAUGAAUAUCCCAAAGCAACAAAACCACCAAAAUUAGAUUUAAAAGAUUUGCCUUUCUCUAAGAUAUGGAGCGAAGAAGUCCCACCAAGUACAACAGCAAGAAAUGGCACUGUGCAUGUUGAUGUUGAGGAAUUCAUGUUUAAAAUGCUUGGAGAUGGCUUCCAACUAGAUAAGAAUGUUAUCCGAGAAGUUCUUGGCCUUUGUGGCUAUGAUGUGCAAAAGAGCAUGGAGAAACUUCUCGACUUGUCAGCUUCAACUUUGGAGAAGCGUGAUGAUGUUGUUGACUUGGCUGGCAAAAGAUCUUCAGAGAAGCACCAAGACCUAGAUUCUGCUGGCAGUGAUGGAGCUAGAUUCAUGAGAAAACAUUUAACAGAAUCGCCUAAAAGAGGCAAAGACAGAUUUGCUCUUCAGAAAGAAGUUUUAGAAGCAUUGUUCAGUGUUCCUGAAAGAUCUGAGGAAGCACCCAAAAGAAGGCACCAAGCAAGGGAAGUUAGGAGAUCGAGACCAUUUGGUAAAUUGGUGGUUGAACCUUUGACCGACACAGCUAUAGAGCAUAAGAUUGUUAAUGCAAAACCACUAGAAGUUGCAGGAGAUGAAGAUGAAGAUGAUGAGAGCUUUGAGGUCCUACGCAAAGCUGUGAAGGAAUAUUGGGUUACAAUGAAAGAAUACCACCAAGCUGCUGUUGAUGCAUUUGUUAAGGGUGAUCAUGCACGGGCAAACAAACUUAUGGAGCAGGGACACUUUUUUAACAGAAAGGCCCGGGAAGCAGAUGAGAAAUCUGCUCAAAAGCUUCUUGAAACCCGCCAAGAUGAUGAUGAUGAAGUGCCUCUUGACUUGCAUGACCAUGAACCCAAGGAAGCUCUACAUCAACUUAGGCUUCAUUUAACUUCUUUUUCUGGCAUCUCAGCUUAUAAGUACCUUAGGGUCAUAGUGGGGACCAGCGAUGAAGAUACCACAAAAGGGGCCCGGAAACGACUGAUUUUGAAGCAGCUGGAGAAGGAAUCCAUCAAAUGGACUGAGGUAGAUGGUCGGGCAAUUAUGAUCCGAGUGGAUGUUAUCAACCCAAAACGUUUGAGUUUCUCAAAAAAAUGAGUAACAGAACCAGGAGAGGCCUUAAAAAGAGAGGUCCAACCAUUAAAAAGCUUGUGGAGAUAAGGAUAUCAUAUUUUGCAGGUGAACUUUUGUGAAUUCAAAGAAUGGUUAAGAUAGAUACCACACAAAAUGGUAAGGAUAGAUGCUGAACUGAUAUGUCAGAAAAAAGUUUUUGAGCCAUUAAAUCUUGCGGGAAAUUUUUGACGCUCUACAACCUUAUUUCUCGUAAGUAGAAUAUAGUUCCUGGUCUGUGUUGGGUUAAGAAUUGCAAAUGUGGAACGUUGAACCAGUUCCUUUUCUUUUCUUUUCCCUUCUUUUCGGAGCUGAACAGUGAUAGUUAUAGUUAAUACUGGGCAAUUUUAUCACUCAUAUUUUCA